AUGCAAACUCCCUCCCCACCUGCCGACACCCUCGCCUUGGCUUCUGCCCACGCCUUGGCUUUUGCCCUCUGUUCUCAACCCAGGUGCGGAUGCGGGGAGCACCCUGUGGGGCCUUGCCCCGCUACUCGGUCCUUAUGCCCUACAGGAGAUCUCAAUGUGGGGCAAGCUCGCUCAGUGGCCCCCAGAGGCACCGCGACUGUUGCAACGCCUCUGGCGCCCGUCGAGCCAGCGGCCACCACGCCCAUUAUGCAGGGGCGCCUGCACAGUGCACACUGUCACGAUGCCCGGCCUCAGCGCAUGGCCCUUCGGCAGUUUGUCUAG